UCAAAAUUAGAGGUUGAGCCAACAGCACCGAAAGUCGAUACAGCACCAGGAUCAUCAUCGCACGUCGAUCAUGAAUCUAUUCAACAGCUCUUUGAGAGUAGUCCUCCAGCCGAUGCUAUACAAUCCAUUACUGAUGAAAUCUCAAACGUACGCUAGGAACUGGAACUUGUUCGAUAUGAGAUGACAAGUCUUUCGGAAGGACAGGAUACUACAAAAGUUCAGGUCACCCGAUGUAUCUCUCUGCUGUCGCAAUUGAAUGCCAAAGUUGACGUCUUGGCAGUUCAAAAACCCCCACCGGCUGAGCCGAGUAAUCUUAUUCAAUUAAGGAAAGUUACGUUGACACCAGUGCAUUGUUUGGAUGAACUCGAAAGUCUGGAGCAAAACACAAGUAACGAAGCAUUUGUUGAGUCGAUCGUGGAAUCUCUAGGAUCCAUUCAUGGCAAGGAUCGUUACUUUGGUGAUGGAUGGACCGUUUGUUUGCAGAUAGUGGAUUAUUUCUUCGAUAGACAAUUCUUGAUGGGAUGCUCGUGGACCGGGACAAGCCGUAACAAGAAGAACGAUGACGUAAUCAUCUCGAAAAUUGCAUUUCAUAAGUAUGUGAAAGUGAUUGAUUUGUUCUACCAAGUUGUGAUCUAUUCUGACCCAACGUUUGCUCUUACCGACUGUCAGAGAUUCUUGCAUCGAUGCUUGAAAAAUGCCAAACAGCGCUUCGAAGAGAUUAAAGGAACACGAACCUCAGUAGCGAGAAAGCACUGCAAGCAAAUCCGGAACAAACCAGUAGUCAAGAUGGAGAUACAGGACGAUGUCGAUACGAACCCCGAUGUCCUUUUCAUUGAUCAUGGUGGUGAAGGAGAAGGAGAAGGAGAAGAAGAUAAUUAUGCUGUCAGCCAGGCGGAAGUUAUUGUCGAGGAGUAUUUGUUGCAAGAGCUACAAUAA